AUGGAGGACUCGCAGUUGCCACUGGUGCGCUCGGCGGAGAAUGCGUAUGAUGCAUGGUCGCGUCUGGAGGGACACUACGAGAAGAAGAGUUUGGCUAAUAAGCUCUUUCUUCAUCGCCGUUUCUUCACGACAAUGAUGGGAGAAGGUGAUGACGUGCUAGAGCACAUCAACAAGCUCAAGACCCUGGCGGAGCAACUCGACGCGGUUGGUGCUCCGGUCAGCGAAGACGACUUGGUCACCACUCUUUUGUCCAGUUUCAGCGAGUCCUAUCAGUUCCUGCUAACGGCGCUGGAGUCAAGAUCCGACUCGCUGACAUGGGAUUCAGUGACGUCUCGGCUGAUGCAUGAAGACCUGAAUCGCAAGGAGCAAGGUGGCGGAGUCUAUGGAUCCGUGCAUGAGCAAGCUCAAGCGUUCAUGUCAAGAGACAACAAGCGAAACGGACGACCAGGUAAGAAGACUGGUGCGUGCCACAAGUGUGGGAAACAAGGACAUUGGAUCGCGGAGUGCCCCUCGCGGAUCCAAGAAGACGCGGAACGACAUCGAUUCCAGCGUGCGAACGUGGCGGAAGAUGAAGAUCUUGGCGAAUAUCUGUUUUCUGUUGGUGGUGAAGUCGCCAAGUCGAGUAACGUGUGGCUGGUCGACUCGGGUGCGACGCAGCACAUGACGAGCUCCAAGAAGUUCAUGAAGAACUACAAGGUCUUCAAUCCGGUCGAUGUGCACUUGGCAGACGAUGGUGUCGUUCAAGCGAUCGGAAAAGGCGACAUCGUGAUGUCAAUGAAGACGCCACGCGGUACCAAGAAAGGUGUGCUCACGGACGUGUGUAUCCCGAUGUUAUCGCGUAAUCUGUUCUCCGUGGGUAGAUUCACCAAGGACGUCGGGCCAGUCACCUUCGAAACCAACGGAUGCUUCGCGAAGACGAAAGUUGUCAAGUGGAAGCUCGGUGCUCGCGAAGGCAAAUGGCUUUUCAAACUCUGCAUGACGCCCGAAGCGUCUAACGGGAAAGCAGAUCGAUUUGAAGAGAUCAAGAGUGGUCGUGUGCUGGUCAGCCGCGACGCACAGUUUAUGGAAGACGUCUUCGAUAGUGGAAGACGCGACUACGUUCAAGCCAAAGUAGUUCUAGAAGAUGAAGAAGGUUCGACGGAUGAAGACUCAUCGUGUUCCAACAAAGAAGAAGAAGAAAACGUGCGGGAUAAAGACAUGAUUUUCGUGGCACUUUACGUCGACGAUUUGGUUCUCGCGAGCAACAACGAUGAGCUGCUCAAGCCAACAAAGAAGGCGCUGGGUGAUCGUUUUGACAUGACGGAUCUGGGAAACCUCAAGUAUUUUCUCGGUUUGGAAGUUGAUCAAGAAUUCACGGUUGGCACAAUCUCGAUUCGUCAGUCCAAAAUCGCGAAGGAUAUUCUCGAGAAAUUUGGCAUGGAACAUAGCAAUCCAGUUAAGACUCCACAAGAACCCGGGCUAAAUCUGAAAAGGUCCAUGUGCGAAGGAGGAUGCAAGCACGAAUACACGAUGGCAAAUGUUCCAUAUCGCAAUGCUGUUGGAUGCCUGAUGUACCUCAUGGUAGGGACUCGCCCGGAUCUCGCAGCUGCAGUGGGAGUGCUCAGCCAGUUCGUAGCGGACCCUUGUCCGACACAUUGGCAAGCACUCAAGCGCAUGUUCAGGUACGUCCAAGGCACACAAACCCAUGGGAUUGAAUUUCAAGCCACAAGCAAUGACAAGCUUCAAGGCGACUCGUAUGCAGACUGGGCUUAA